AUGUCUGCAUUGCGCACCGAUGUGAACCACCUAUCCACAAGCAUGGAUUUGAAAUUCAAGAAUUUGAGCCAAGCCGUAUCAAGCCAGCUCGCUGUUUUUGGUGCUGAGCUGAACACACUGGUUACCACACAAACUGCGAAAAUGGAUCGGUUUGAAAACAAGUUCUUGUUCAGAAUGUUGAUUGCGGUAUUCGGUCUGGCAGUAAUCGGCAUUAGUGGCCCAGUGACUGCCGUGGUCCUCCACACCCAGACAACCACCGUCCUUCCACAAACAGACGGGAGACUUUCUCCCAUCCAGCCAGGCUCCAGUACAGCCGGCCUCUGA